GAUUUUCCAAUCAUUCCGAAUGUCGUCCACGUCAACUGCGAUUCCCGCCGGUGAGCCGGUGGCUACGGCUCCGAGCUCCGCAAUGUCGGCCGCCAAAUCUUCGAAGGCUCCGAGCGUCUAUAAUGUAGUUCCUUUCAAUGCAUCAUUUCUCACGAUUCUAACCAUCUGCGGGACACUUCAAAUCUCUGCUCUUGUCCCGGCCGUCGGCUCCGUGCUCUCCGUGCUCCUUUCGCUUUUCACUUAUGAGUGGCUCAAUUUGCACUUCUCGUCGAUGACCAGAAGUCGCCGCGCUUGUUUCGACGUGGCGAAUGUGUUAGAGACUUAUCAGCCGAGAGCCCGAACUCAUGGGCAUUUGUUUGUGCCGGAUCCACCAACUCCAUGCGUGAAAAUCUCGGAAGACGGAAACCAACACGACGCGCCGAAGGAAAAGACCGCUUUCAGCAGUGCCAGGGACUCGCACUACGAGAACAUGUACCAAAAGGCGAUUCAAAUGGCAAAGGAAAUGGAUCAAAUGGAGAAAGUGGCGGCGAGCCCGUGCCUUGACUCCUCCCAGGAUGUUGAACUGAAGCCGGCAGAUCCGGAAAAGGAUAAGAAGGAGAGUGAGGAGAAGGCGAAGCAGGCAAAAAAGAAGUACGAUGAAGAUAUGGCGAAACCGUUUAGCUGCUAGAAAUUUAAUGAUUGCUGAUUGAAUAAAGACUGCCUAUUUU